CUUCCAGCAAGUAAAGUGAACAUCAUCAUCAUCUUCAUUUCAACAUGAACCAUGAAACUGAUACAGUCAAAAUAUACUUCUUCCCCUUCCUAGGUGGAGGUCAUCAGAUCCCAAUGAUAGACACAGCAAGAGUGUUUGCCAAACAUGGAGCCAUAUCAACCAUCCUAGCAACACCUUCCAACGCUGUACAGUUCCAAAACUCAAUCACCCGCGACCAAAAAUCAAAUCUUCCCAUCACCAUUUACACUCUCACCAUUCCUGAAAACACCAAAUUACCUGACAUUGACAUGUCUGCUGGUCCCAUGGUCGAUACCUCCGUUCUCCUCGAACCUAUGAAACAGUUACUCCUCCAACAGAGACCCGAUUGCAUAGUCGUUGACAUGUUUCAUGGCUGGGCUGGUGACAUCAUUGACGAACUCAAACUACCGAGAAUUGUCUUCAGUGGGAGCGGGUGUUUCCCUCGGUGUGUCAUUGAAAAUAUAAGAAAACAUGUUGUGUUUGAGAAACUGAGUUCUGACUCAGAGCCUUUCCUUGUCCCUGGUCUUCCUGAUAGAGUUUUGAUGACAGGGUCUCAAGUUCCGAGUUCGAGAAACCAAUCUGAGUUUUUAGAUAGGAUGAAGAAAAUAGAGGAAAAAAGCUUCGGACUUAUUAUCAAUAGCUUCUAUAAUUUGGAACCAGUUUAUGCUGAUUACCUAAGAAAUGAAUUGGGAAAGAAAAUAUGGCUUGUAGGACCCGUUUCUCUAUGCAAUAGAGGUGUAGAAGAUAAGAAAAAGAGAGGUAAACAACCCACUAUUGAUGAAAAAAGUUGCUUGAAUUGGUUGAAUUCUAAGAAACCCAAUUCAGUUCUUUACAUAAGUUUCGGGAGUGUAGCUUGCAUACCGAUGAAACAGCUCAAGGAAAUUGCUUAUGGUCUUGAGGCUUCUGAUCAACCAUUUAUUUGGGUGGUUGGGAAGAUUCUCAACUCAUCAUCUAAAAGUGAUAGUGAAAAUUGGGUUCUUGAUGAAUUUGAAAAGAGAAUGAAGGAAAUGGAUAAAGGUUUGAUUUUUAGAGGUUGGGCUCCUCAGCUUUUGAUAUUGGAGCAUGAUGCGGUUGGUGGGUUUAUGACUCAUUGUGGAUGGAACUCAACUUUAGAAUGUGUGUGUGCUGGUGUGCCAAUGAUAACAUGGCCACUUUCGGCUGAGCAGUUUUUCAAUGAGAAGUUGGUAACAGAUGUGUUGAGGAUUGGGGUUCAAGUGGGUAGUAGAGAGUGGGGGUCUUGGGAUGUAGAGAGGAAAGAGUUGGUGGGAAGAGAGAAAGUGGAGUUUGCAGUGAAGAAGUUGAUGGUAGAGAGUGAAGAGGUAGAGGAAAUGAGAAGGAGAGUCAAAAGUAUUGCUGAGAAUGCAAAAAGAGCUGUUGAAGAAGGUGGAAGUUCUUAUGGUGAUGUUGAUGCCUUGAUUCAUGAACUUAAAAUCUUACAGAUUGGCAAGGAUGUUUAGAUUAGUGUUUUUCACUUCUUAGUGACAAUGCUAGAAAUUCCGCUCGAUUCUACUCCACUCCGGUUCAUUUUAUAAUAUCUAAAUAACCUAAAAAGCAUACUACUUGAGUUGA